GCCACCUGAUAUCUUCAUGUACUGUAUUCAAUUUUCUAUUGUUGUUAUUAUGUACUUCUUUUUUUUUUUUUGAAUUAAAACAGAGGCUAGGGAGGGUGACGGCCCUCCAUUAGCCACUGUGUGAUCAUGUACUAGAGCACAUCACAAGGCAAUGGAACAUGGUGUUGUGGUUCUUCACGAGGGAGAGGAACACAUGGACUUGCCGCCUGGCUUCCGGUUCCACCCCACCGACGAAGAGCUCAUCACGCACUACCUCUGCAAGAAGGUCAUGGACGCCAGCUUCAACGCGGGAGCAAUCGGAGAGGUCGACUUGAACAAGUGCGAGCCAUGGGAUUUGCCUUGGAGAGCAAAAAUGGGAGAGAAAGAGUGGUACUUCUUCUGUGCGAGGGACAGGAAGUACCCAACUGGUUUGAGGACCAACAGGGCCACUGAGGCUGGCUACUGGAAAGCAACAGGAAAGGACAGGGCGAUCCACAGAGGGAGGAGCCUAGUUGGGAUGAAGAAGACCCUUGUCUUCUACGGAGGCAGGGCACCAAAGGGAGAGAAGUCCAAUUGGAUCAUGCAUGAAUACAGACUGGAGGGGAAGUACUCUGUCUACAACCUCCCCAAAACUGCAAAGAAUGAGUGGGUGAUAUGUAGGGUGUUCCAAAAGAAUUCAAGUGGGAAGAAAGCCAUGGGGCUGGUGAGAGUGGGAUCAUCCUUCGGAGAUGAAUUGGGCACUUCUCUUCUGCCACCAUUGAUGGAUAUUCCCUUCACCAGCAAGAACAAGGCCUCAUCGGUAUCUGACCCGGCCCACGUGACCUGCUUCUCCAAUGCAGUGGAGGGUCCGAAAGGCCAUGAGGAGAUGCUGGCAGAGUACCUCAACUCCCCUUUCCUCUCUGCCUCCGCCAAUCCUUCGGAGGUACCGCCGCCCUCGCUGCUUCUCUCCAAGGUGUCGCUGCCAAGCUCCUUGUAUGCCGGCCAAGGGGCUCCGAAUUUGGGCAACAUGCUGCACUCUGGUGGUAGUUUGGUGCGGUUGCUGGAGAGUAAUGGGUAUGGCCUGAAACAGAGCUGCAAGACCGAUAGGGAGAUGCCAAGUGUUUCGCAGGAAACAGGUCUCACCACUGACAUGAACCCUGAGAUCUCUUCGGCUCUGUCUGACAAGGAGAUGAGUAGGCAGACUUUUGACGGUCAAGAAGUCCCAUCUACCUCAGCUGGGCCUCUGCACCUUGACGAGUCUCUGUGGAGCUACUGAAUUUAGUUUAGGAGGAGGCGCAGAGAGAGAGAUUCUAGUAUUCGCUUGUUUGCUUGUUUGUUUAUAGAUCGAUGGCUUGUGUAUAAAUUUUCUGAACCUCCAAUGAGAUGAUUGUAAGAAAAUUGUAGUGUCUGGAGAUUGUUUCUUGGAGUUUUUGUCUUUUAGAAACAUGUUUGCAUUGUUCUGUCAUUAUGAUAUGAAAGAUUCAGUUCUUCUUUGGUAUUA